CGCCAUGUGCCUCCUCCCACCCAGGCUCUAGCGACGCGUCUGGCGACCGCCUAAACUCACUUCUGACCGAUGCAGGUUCUCUACAGUCCCAUGUGCAUCUCGCAGCUCGCGCUACUGCAGGUGUUCUUCCUAAUGGUCCCCCCGGGCGUCCGGCCUCAGCCAUCUUUCUCCCCAUCUGGUGCAGUGCCCACUCCUUCAGACCUGGGGCCAGGGACGCAGGUCGGGACCCUUCAGUCGUUCUCCGAGGGCACUGAAACUCCCUGGGCAGUGCCUGGGAUCUCUACAGUGGGCCCUACUGUCGUGACCACCUCGGCGCCUGGGAAUAGGACCAUGGACCUUUCCCCAGUCUUACCGAUCUGUGUCUGUGACUUGACACCUGGUGCCUGCGAUAUUAAUUGCUGCUGUGACAGGGAUUGCUAUCUUCUCCAUCCGAGGACGGUUUUCUCCUUUUGCCUUCCAGGCAGCGUGAGGUCUUCACAUUGGGUGUGUGUGGACAACUCUCUUAUCUUCAGGAGUAAUUCCCCAUUUCCUUCAAGGGUUUUCAUGGAUUCAAAUGGAAUUAGGCAGUUUUGUGUCCGUGUGAACAACUCAAAAUUAAACUAUUUCCAGAAGCUGCAAACGGUCAAUGCAACCAACUUCCAGGCCCUGGCUACAGAGUUUGGAGGUGAAUCAUUCACUUCAACAUUCCAAACCCAGUCACCACCACCUUUUUACAGGGCUGGGGACCCCAUUCUGACUUACUUCCCCCAGUGGUCUGUAAUGGGUUUGCUAAGGCAGCCUGCAGGAGUCGGAGGGGGACUCUGUGCUGAGAGCAAUCCUGCAGGUUUCUUGGAGAGUAAAAGUACAACCUGUGCUCGUUUCUUCAAGAAUCUGGCAGAUAGCUGUACCUUGGAUCCUGCCCUCGAUGCUGCCUCUUACUAUAACUUCACAGUCUUGAAGGUUCCAAGAGGUGUGAGUGAUCCACAGAAUACAAAGUUUCAGGUGCCUGUAACACUUGUCUCACAGGCUGGCUCUCCUCUCUUGGCUGGAAACACCUGUCAGAAUGUUGUUUCCCAGGUCAUCUACGAGAUAGAGACCAAUGGGACUUUUGGAAUCCAGAAAGUCUCCGUCAGUUUUGGACAAACAAACCUGACUGUCAAGCCAGGCACUUCCUUACAGCAACACUUCAUCAUUCGCUACAGGGCUUCUCAACAGAGUGCAGCUGCUUCUCUUACUGGUCCUAGAAGUGGGAAUCCUGGCUAUAUUGUUGGGAAGCCACUCUUGGCCCUAACUGGUGAUAAAAGACACUCGAUGACCCUCUUACAGAGUCAGGGUGAUGGAACUUGCUCUGUUAAGAGACACGAAGUACAGUUUGGAGUGAAUGCAAUAUCUGGAUGCAAGCUCAGGCUAAAAAGGGUGGACUGCAGCCACUUGCCGGAGAUUUAUCAUACUCUUCACGGAAGGCCCAGACCAGAGCACGGUGCCAUCUUUGGUAACGCUGACCCAUCCCAGAAGGGAGCAUGGACUAGGAUCCUCAGCAGGAACUGCAGUGUUUCAGCUAUGCAUUGUACUUCCUGCUGUGUCAUACCAGUUUCCCUGGAGAUCCAGAUAUUGUGGGCCUAUAUAGGCCUCCAGUCCAACCCACAAGCUCAUGUGUCAGGAGCCCGAUUCCUGUACCAAUGCCAGCCCAUACAGGAUACCCAACAUGAAACAGAAGUAUCUUUGACAACUGUUGUGACCUUUGUGGACAUUACCCAGAAGCCUGAGCCUCCAAGAGGCCAACCCAGAAUGGACUGGAAAUUGCCAUUCAACUUCUUCUUUCCCUUCAAAGUGGCAUUCAGCAGAGGAGCAGACUCUCAAAAAGGCUCAGUCUCUCCCCUUCUUAUCCUGUGUCUCUUACUACUUGGAGUUCUCAACCUAGAGACUAAGUGAAAAAAAGAGAAGAAUCAGAUUUCGGUUUUCCCUGUGGGAAGUUCUGAGGCAGCCUGCUUAUCUUGGCUAAACAGGUUCUCACCUACUCAUGACCAGAGGAGAGCAUUUAGGAUAACAGAGGACCUAACUAAAGGAAUCUUGGUAUACGAAAGAAGGGAUUUUAGGAAAGCAAUAAAAAUAUUUUAUUCAUCACAGCUGUCUGCUUAGGAUUCUGCAGACCACCAGGUACACACUAGAUUUUCUAUUUCUCAAACAGGAAACAAUGCAAAGAACCCUUCUUCUGGCCCUGCAGGUUGUGUUGUUUCUGACUAAAGGUUUGCAGGAUCUUCAUCCGUCCACUCACAGGCACACUUGGGCCCAGCAUUAAAAGGAACAUGCUACUGUGUGCCCAGGUGAACUCAGGAAUAGCUGCCCUCGACUUCAGAGAGAACAGACAGCUGGUGGCUGUAUAUUUUGUUUGGCUCCUCCCCACUCCCUCAGGUCACACUCUGCCCAGGCAUGUUGGGGAAAAAGUCCUUUCUUCUCAGUUUCAGUGGAAAUCCAGCCCCCUCUGCUACUAGCAAAUGACUCUGCCACUCAUUUCUGGUCCUCCCCUCCAUUGUGGUGAGGACAAGUAAAGCUGAUCGAGAGCUUUAUUGUACUAAUUCCAGCAGCACAUAGAAGUUAAGUGAUAUGUGGUCUGCUGCAUGAGUGUUUUCUUAUAUAUGUGAAGGCUUUUAAAAAAGGAAAAAACUUCUAUACAUAGCACAACAGCAUUUAAAUCAAGCGACUUGAGUUCUUUUCCUGGGCGAUACACUCUGGAGACUUCAAUUGUGUGGCACUGACAUGAAUAGUGAAUGCAGCAGGAAAUCUGUUUUUCCAACAUAAGACAAUAGCAGCUUUAAAGGGCAAUGCAGGCAGGCAUGUUUGGGCCCUACCUGCAUGACCAACUCAGAGAAUCUGGCUUGCAGAGAAAACUACUUAAAAAGGUAAUUUCCUGUUAUUCUUGGGUGAAUAGGAAUUAGUUGGGAAUUAUUAUAGGCAACCUGGAAAGCAGGAAGCAUAAAAAGGUGUAGGCCAGAGCAAAAUCAUACUAUCCUUAAAAUUAAGGCAAAAUUUUGAUGGAAGGUGUGUCAUUUCUAAUUGUCUUAACUUUUAAUCCCUUUUAUAAAAAAGAACAGAAUGUAAAGAAUAGGAUAUAAUAGAAUAAUUAACUCUAGUGAAAAUAGAAUUGAGCACCUAUUCUGAAACACAGAAUUGUUAGGAUACAGCCCCUUGGUGAGCUGACAGUUUAGUGGGGGAAGACUGAUGUGUGACAUAGGAGACACUUCUGCUGAGAGAAACAGUGUGGCCUAUACUAGUAAGGCGCAAGCUUUGAGGAGGUGGUGGGAUUGGAGCUGAAAAUGACAGGGUAGGACUGGGAGAGGAGAAGGUGACGCCAGGAGCCAAGAACAACCUGGGUGAAGGCUCAGAGGCCCCUGUUGAAGUGACUGUGGUAGAAACACUGAAUGGGCAAAAUAGGCACUAAGAUGGGAUAAGUAAGAUGGGCGCUCAGUAUAUGGGGGCUUGAAAGCCAGGCAGAGAGAACUGGGAGAUAGUCUAUUUUCUGACCAACUUCCACAACAUAUUAAUGAUCUGAAUUUAAAACUGCUUUUUAAUAAUAAAGCAUAUACUUCCCUGGUGGUAAAAA